CAACACCCUCUCGACUUCUCGGCGCUCUGAUUCAUCGGUGUGCAUGUCCAUCAAAGGAAACUGAACCCUCAAAGGCAGGAGAACCCGUCACUCCCGCAAGGAAGCGGUGGCCUAAGAAUAAAGGGGUGGGGUCUGUGAGGUUGGGAUUGGUUUGCGGCUGUAAAACCUGCCUUACGGUUCAGCUAAAGGGACGUCGAUCUAUUCCAAAGGUUUGCCGCGCUCUCUAGCUGGGAACCGUGCGCAUGCGCGACACGCAAGGCCAACUGGGAAUGGUAGUCCGCUCUGCGUACCUUAAACGCCUUACCAACUAUAAAAGGCGAGAUAGGGAAGCGCUCUUCCUUCAGACUUCUCCCUUCCCCGGUGGGUCAGUUCCUAGCUUCGCGCGCUUACGUCACGGGAGGAAUGCGGUGACGUGCCCUGCUCUUCUGUGACGUCGGCGGCGGGCCUGGGUUAGAGUAUCAAAAUUAAUGGGAAGAAAAUCCGUGAAGAGCAAAAUACCGAAAUUUUAAAUAAAGAUAAGAUCCGCCAAGGACUGGGAUUAAGGUGAGGUGAAAGGAUGAUGGGGAACAAUAUAUGCACAAGGUGCUGGACAGCUCGCUGGCUGUAGGGGAGUGUGGACUUCGUCACGGGAGCCAGAUUGUCACCGGUGUUAGCUGCAGUGAAGCUCAACAUCACAGUGAAGGGACCUGCAGCCUCAAAAAGUCCCGGGUGUUGCUGUCCAGCAUGGCCAAGCGCCCGCUGCUGUUGCUGCUGACCAUGUGGGUGCUGGCUGGGGAGCUAUGGCUGAGGGCUGAGGCCCGGGCAUCGCCCUACGGAGUGAAGCUUUGCGGCCGGGAAUUCAUCCGGGCAGUCAUCUUCACCUGCGGGGGCUCCCGGUGGAGACGGUCGGACAUCCUGGCUCCUGAAGCUACGGAUGCAGACUCGGACCCAGACAGUGAGCUGGAUGAGUCAGUAGCCUCCAGCGAGUGGUUGGCCCUGACCAAGUACCCCUGGGCUUUCUAUGGGAGCCGACCCGGCUGGCAGGGGACUCCGGGGGCUCUGCGUGGUGGCCGUGAUGUCGUGGCGGGCCUCUCCAGCAACUGCUGCAAGUGGGGGUGCAGUAAGAGUGAAAUCAGCAGCCUCUGCUAGACCAGUGACCGGGGGGCCAGGGGCCCAGGGGCCCAGGGUCCAGCUGGGCACCUGUCUCUGGCCUCUCAUGCAUUCAUUCAUCGGCUAAUCAGGUCAGGCGCUGUGCACUUAGACACAGUCCCCCCUAAAUGACCCUGACCUUUGAGCAGCCUAUCCUCACCUGGCCAAAUGGAAACCUCUGGUCCUGACCCCUGACCUCUUCCCAGCCUGGCCUAGGCUCUCUGCUGCAGUGGUGCCCCUACUCUACCCAAACUGAUCUACCCUCAUCCAGACCUUAGCCCUAACUGAUUCUCUCUUGCCCCAACUGUGGCCUCUGUCUCCCGACCAGCCCAAAUUAUGCUCCUGCUCCAUUCCAGCCCUCGCCCACUUCUUUCUCCCUGCCUUCCAGCCCCUCCCCCUCCAGCCCCACCUGCCGGGGUUCUAAAGCUGGGGACCCUAGAACUGGUGGUGGGAGCCCUGGGUUCCCUUCAUGUCCUGGGGUGGGAGGCUCGGUGACGGGACGGAUCAGACGCUUCUUCAACCCCAGUAAUAAAAGUU